AUGCCUGCUUGCCCUUCUGAUGAUCAAUAUUCAUCAAAACCACCGCCUGGUUUUACUGAUGAUAAUUUAACAUUAAAACGUGUACAAUUAAAGGAUUUAUUAGAAAAAAUUAUUGAGAAAUAUCAUCAUGAACCACAAUUUCUUGAGCAACAACCAAAACAAAUAGAUUUAUUAAUUGCUGUUGCACAAUUUAUACUUCUAUCAUCACCAAUAUCAUCUGAUGAUAAACGAGAUUUUCUUAAUCAUAUUGUUAUAAUGGGACAAAAUUUAUUAGUAGAAGAAAAUCAAGUUAAUUAUAAUGAACAAAUACCUAAAUCAAUUGAUUCUAAUCCUCAACUGAAUGAAGAUAAAGAUCUAUCAAUAACUGCUCCUUCGUCGAAUACAAUAAACAAUGAUGGGGAUGGUGACUUUUCACUUGGCGAUCUUGCAAAUGAAUAUCUUCAAAAUGAAUUAUCACCUUCUUUGAAUGACAAGUUUAUAACACCAACUGAAUCUGAACACCCUGAUUUAACUCUUGAUAAUCUUAGUAAAGAUUUUCUCUCAUGUUCACCUUCAUCAACAUCAUCAACAACAAAUGAUUCAUCAAAUAUUGUUUCGCCUUCAUUAUCGAAUGAACCAAUUCUAAUCAAAUCUCCACUUGAAUCAAUACUUUUUUCUAAUCGUUUAUCAUCCCAAGAUGCUGCGGAUGAUGCUGAUUGUAUUUGGAAAGAAGAAUCAAGUUCAUUUGGUCAAAUAUUUUGUACAAAAACAAUUGAAAUUCAAACAUUAGUAUCAAAACGAAUUUCAACAUGUUUAUUUGAUCGUGCUUUAUAUGAACGUUUAACAAAUCUUGUUACACUUUUACCUAAACAAUGUAUUCGUAACAGUGUUCAACAGUUAUCUAUUCGACAAAAUGGACAACAACAACAACAACAACAUCGACCACCGCGUCCACAUCAUGACAAUCGACGUCCAUCAAAUCGAGCAACAUUUCAACAAAAUUCAUCACAAAUACAUUCUCAACAACGUUUUCCAGCUGCACAAAAUUCUCGUCAAUAUUCAAAUUUAAAUUAUUCGAAUCAACAAGAAAAUCCCGGUGGACAUUUUGUUGAUCGAAGAUCACAACAACAAAAUAGAUAUCCUCCUCCGUCGUCUUUCGCACAAUAUCCUGGUAAUCAUCAUCAACAACAACAGCAACAACAAUCAAAAUAUGUACCCAAAAAUAAUUCUCAUGGUAAUGGUGGACAUCAAUCACAAACAAAAAGACCACAAACAAAUAAUCAACAAGGAUCAAAUGAUUAUCAUCACCAUCAUCAACAACGAGGCACAAAAAUAGCUUCCGGUGGUGGUAGUAACAAGUUAACCAAUGAGAAAUCAGGUGUGCCUGGAUCUGAUCCAAGUUUAAAACCCAAAUAG